AUGCAGAAGCGGGAGCACUCCAGGCGCGACAACCGGAAGGGAACCUUCGAGGGAUACCUAGUACCCAAAGAAGAUGGAAUUGAAAUCAAAGCUGUCUGGGCAGACCCGCUGGCCGGCCAGAACGUCGACUUCUACCGCAUUUCGGAGGACAAGGCAACGCUCACCAUGACACAGAGCAUCAAGGCACGAGGGAAGGCCAUCUGCAGCGGCAGGAGGGUGGGGAACCUGCGGACGAGGGCCCCCCGGGCUGCUGGCCGCCAGCCCAGCCUUGUGCUCAACCUGGCGAGCCUGGGCGAGGGCGAGGUGGUCACCCAGCGCCUGUCCUUGGACCGGGCGAUUGCCGAUGCACAGACCGCGCUGCUGGCCUUCCUGGCCUCGGGCAUGCAUCGGGCCAGGGCCCUGCCCUCUGCUUCCAGACGCCUCAUUGCUGGCGGCGUGUCAGGUGCCGUCUCCAAGACCGUGACAGCGCCGCUGGAGACCCUCAAGAUGAAGCUGGUCCAGGGUGGGAGCGUGACGGUGGUGGAGGCGGCGCGCGCGGUGCUGGCCUCCCGGGGCGUGGGCGGCUUCUUCGCCGGCAACACCAUCGACGUCUUGCGCACCGUCCCCUCCAAGGCCCUGGAGCUGGCGGCCUUCGACUCCUACAAGCGCACCCUGCGCGCCACACCUUGGGUCCCCGACCGCGCCAUCGGCGCCGUGGCGGGCGGCCUGGCCGGCAUCACCUCCACCGUCGCCAUUUACCCACUGGAGACGGUGCGCACGCGCAUGGCGGUCAACGGCCACACCUUUGUGCAGACGCUGCAGCGCGUGGGCUCGCACGGCGGCCUUCCGGGCCUCUACAGGGGUUUGGAUGCGAGUCUGAUUGGCACGGUGCCCUACACGGCCAUCCGACUGGGACUGUACGACGCCCUCAAGUACUCCUGGAAGCGGGCGACCGGGAAGGAGCACCUUGACCCUCAGGCAUCGCUGGUGUUUGGAGCCGUGGCAGGAGUCGUUUCGGCGACCGUGACUUUCCCCCUGGAGGUGGCAAGGCGGCGGAUGAUGGUGGGGGCGGCCUACCCAAAUACGGCCGUCGCCCUGGCAACCAUUGCACGGACAGAGGGCGCCUCGGCGCUCUUCAACGGCGUUUGGCUGGCGUUGGUGAAGCAGGCACCCCAGUACGCGAUAGGGUUCAUGGUGUACGAGCAGUGCAAGCGAGCCCUGGCCCUCUGA